CCAAAGCGUCCGUUUUACCUUCUCUAGGGUGAAUUUCCCGACACCUGCCAUCUUUAUUUGUAACGGAGUUCACCGCAUCUUUCCGGUACCCAUUCCUCCAGGGGGCUCAACCAAAAAAAAAGGACUUCACCAUAGACACAUAUCAGAGGAACAGGGCAGCAAUAGAGGAAGCUCAGGGCCUUAGCAGAAGGAGCAGCAGCCAUGAGUACCAUGACGUUUUGCCGAGAAUGCAACAAUAUACUUUACCCAAAGGAAGACAGGGAACAGAAGAUCCUCCUCUAUGCCUGCCGCAACUGUGACCAUCAGGAGGUAGCCGAUAACAACUGUGUCUAUAGAAAUGAGGUACAUCACUCCAUUGGGGAGCGCACACAAGUUCUGCAAGAUGUAGCAGCGGAUCCAACUCUUCCCCGGACUAAAUCUGUUCGAUGCGCGGUGUGCAACCAUCCAGAAGCUGUUUUCUUCCAGGCUACCAGCAGGGGAGAGGAAGGUAUGACUCUGUUCUUUGUCUGCUGCAACCCGAGCUGCGGCCAUAGAUGGAGAGAUUGAUGGAAGUUGGUUUUUCUCACUUUUUCUGAGAAAUGAGAAUGAUGGUUGUGUAUGUUGGCUCUCCUAUUAGGAACUUGCUAAUAAAAUUCACAUGCAUGUUUAAGGUAUUGUUUCUUGAGUUAGCAGAAAGUGAUUUCAGUACCAAGUGUUAGUGUCUUUUUUUUAAUUAUUAUUUUUAAUUUUUUGUUAGUACCAGGUUUUGGAUGUUCUUUGAACAUGAAUCUGGUUUGGUGUAUCUUGCCUUUUUCUGUUGAGUUUGGUGUAUCUUGCUUGAAUGCCAGUUCUUGAUGCCAUAAACGCAUAUAUGAUAAGCGAAGGUAAUUUUUAUGAAGAACUGGGAGAUAUUUUUGUGCCC